AAGCAGAAGUUAUUGAGAAGGAAGAGUAUCAGGGGGCACCGUAGAAAUGAAAGAGAGUGAAGAAAGCAGAGUAGCAAUGCACGACGAAGAAGGAAGCAGCGAGCAACAGAUAUGGAGUUGGGGGGCAGGAACGGACGGGCAACUGGGCACGGGCAGGCUACAGGACGAGCACCUCCCUCAGCUGCUUCGCCUCCCUUCUCUCUCCCCCGCCGCCGGAUCCAUCUGCUCCCUCGCCUGCGGCGGCGCUCACGUUCUCGCCUUAACCUCAGGUGGGAAGGUGCUGACAUGGGGAAGGGGCACGUCUGGUCAACUGGGUCAUCCUGAAACGGUCAACAGUCCAAAUCCUAAGUUUGUAAUGUCUUUGAACAACCUCUUCAUUACUCAUGUUUCUGCUGGUUGGAACCACUCCGGUUUUGUUUCAGAUGCAGGGGAUCUUUUCACGUGCGGAGAUGGCUCGUUUGGCCAGCUCGGGCAUGGUGAUUUCCAGUCGCAUUGCUAUCCUGUCAAAGUCUCCUUCUUUGUUGAUAAGAACGUGGAGCAGAUAGCAUGCGGGAUGCGCCAUUCGCUUGUUUUGGUGAAAGGUGUUUCAGGAGAUGAAGUUUAUGGGUUUGGUUCGGGGAAGUGUGGUCAACUGGGUAUCUCCGAGGAUAAGAUCAAAUUAGUUAAUAUUCCUGAACGAAUUCAUGGAUUUGACAGCUUAAAAAUCACUAGCAUUGCUGCAAAUGGAGAUCAAAGUGCAGCGUUAUCUGCUGAUGGGCAUUUGUACACUUGGGGAAGAGGGUUCGGUGACAUCUUAAGUGCUCACUCCCCACAGCGUUUAUCUACAUCGUUCUUGUUUACCAAAGUUGCUGUCGGAUGGAAUCAUUCUUUAGUAUUGACGGGUGGAGAAGUUUUUAUGCUUGGUGGAAAUCACCAUGGAGUUCUUAGUAAUCCCGAAAAAAUUACUCCAAUAAAGCACUUAGCAGAUCCGAGGGAAGUUGUCCUGGAGAAAGUCCCCGACCUCGAAGGGAGUAGAAUUGUGCACGUUGCAGCUGGAGCUGAGCACUCUGCUAUUGUGACCGAGGAUGGAGUGAUUAAGACAUGGGGUUGGGGUGAACAUGGUCAGCUUGGCUUGGGAAAUACAGAUGACCAAACGAGUCCUCAAGAAGUGAGUUUCGACCACAAAUUUCGGAAAGAAGCUGACACAAUCGAGAUUUACUGCGGUAGCGGGUUUACAAUUGUCGUAAGAACUUCACGUCGCUGUUCUCAGACAGAUUAACAAUACCAUUUACCCGAGCUUGACCUAGUUCAUGUUGUGUAAGUAUAUGUUAUACAGGGUUGUAUUAUUUGGACAAUCAUUUCUAAUACGAAAAAAGAAUUUUAGUUUUA